GGGCAGCUGCUAUAAAACCUGAUGUGAAGCAACAAGAAGAGACGACACAGAAGGACAGAGACACAGAGAGUUGCUCCUCCUCUCACAGAGAUUCCAACAAUGAAGAUGCAGUCCUGUGGCUGUUUGCUGUUUACCUGCCUGCUGGUCAUUACUAUGCUGCACUGUCAUGUGGACGGCUUCAGAGUCCAACAUCAGCGCGUGGACCGACCCGUGUCCAGGCCUCUGAUGGCUCUGCACCUCCGCCCUGGAGGAGUGAAGAGGGAAGGGGAGGAGCUAACAGCCAAACUGUUCCGGAUGGACGACCUGGUGAGAAUGGAGAACGAUGUCAUGGAGCCAAAGAGGAAGAGGAGUUUCCCCGGGAACAGCUCACCUCUGGACCGCCUGUCAAUCAGCUCCAUGGAAACCAAACAGACAACAAAAAAGCAGAGCAAAGUUGUGGAGUCGCCACGCCGACGAGUCAAUCCUCCACCCAUGGACAGGAUUGGCAUGAGUCGUCUACCAAACAGCAGAGGGUAGACAACAACUACUUCCCCAGAUGACCCGCCCCCUCUCCAUAGUGCCCUCCUUUGACCAGAUGACUCCCCCACAGAUGCAUGAAACAGCCAAUCACAGACUGCCAGUCACUUACUGGGACACGCCCACCACAGCCUCUCACCCGUCAUUCAUCCUUUCACCUUCGCCCCCACAGCCACGAAUGUUUAAUGACGAUGUGUUCAGGUGUUGCUCUGUAGAUCCAUAACACGUUCAGAUGUGUCAGGACCAAAGAAAAGACUGAAACUAAAUCUUUUCUCAGAUCCAUGUAAUGUGAUUGAUAAUUGAUCAGAUUAAAUGUUUAUGUCACAGCCGUACAGUCUUAAUAUGAAACAGAAACAUAAUCAAAACUGUGUAGUUUCCACGACUAAAGUCACAGUUACAGUGUGGUUGUGUGAGGUACUGAUAUAAAGUCAAUGAUGGGAACACAAGGAAAAACAGAGUUAAGCCACAAAAUAAAGUCUCACCGAAUAAAAUCUG